UCAACUAGAGGUGUAGUUUUUGACAACUAAAAUCGAAAUUUGACGUGUAUAUCGGGUGAGUAGAGGCGCAGCAAAAACGAGUGCUAGAAAUGCUUUAUAAAAUUUAAUUAAACACUUAAUUACCGUUUUCGGAAGCUGAUCACAUUUGUGCGUUAAUCUUAUUCUAAAAUAUAUUAUCAUGAUGCAUUUAAACGCGGAUGUUUCAAGUGCCCUUCAGCUCUUGGAAGACAUUAAGAACACGGUAGAUGACCUAGGGGACCCAAAAUUACAAACGAAUACUUAUCCAGAUUUAAAAUUGCUAAUAUCUGUGUUAGAGAAUCCCGUAUUUAGGAGUAUAAUUACUGUUUGCGAAUCGCUCAGCGAACUAAAUCAACAGUUGGGGCAACACCCUUCAAUUUUGCCUGUAGAUUUUGAUAUAACUGCCGCAGGCGAACUUGUACUGAAUGUACCCCCUGCAGGUGAGCUUUAUGAUCCAGAAUAUAGCGAUUAUCCAACUAGAGACUUUGAUGAACAAAGAGUACCUUCAGCACCAAUUUCUCCCAGUUCACCACAAACAUUAGCAUUUGCCUCUUCAGACAAUAAUAAAAUGCUGUCUUUAUUAAAUAGCCAAAAAAUGAAUGGGUCACUGUGUAAUCCAGAGGCAUUAAGAGGUGGAUUACAAGGUACCAGUAAUUUUAAUCACCUGGAUGAUGAUAUAAUUCACAGAUCUCCUUCUGUGGGCAGUGAUAACUCUAAAACUGGCUCUGAUAAUCUACCAAACAGUGAGUGGUCUCAGGUGGAAAGCAUAGAUCUUAUUAAUGAUGGAACUGGUUUAGGUUUUGGCAUUGUUGGUAUGAGAAAUAUGGGUGUAGUUGUGAAGACUAUUCUACCUGGGGGAGUUGCUGAUAGAGAUGGGAAACUUCAAAGUGGUGACCACAUACUUCAAAUAGGUGAUGUAAACUUACAUGAAAUGGGUUCAGAGCAAGUUGCCACAGUCCUAAGACAAUCCGGUACUCAUGUAAGAUUAAUUGUUGCCCGUCCUGUUGAAUUGUCUUCCCCAGAGUACAAAUAUUUAGGAAGUUCCGCCCCUAUAGUGCCUACAAAACUUUUACAUGAUGCCCCUGAAUUAGAUAAAUAUCUAAUACAGCACAAAAACCCUCCUGUUUUUCAUAAAGAAACUGAUGUAUUUUCUACUGAUCUGGCUAAAACUUAUGCAUUAUCUAGAAUCCCAGCUUCGCCUUCCUUACCACUAUUAAAUCUAGAUGUGGCUGUUAAAAUGCCUGAAAUGGAAAAGUUUGUUGUUGAGCUGAAAAAGGACACCAAUGGUUUAGGUAUUACCAUUGCAGGAUAUGUUUGUGAAAAGGAGGAACUAUCAGGCAUUUUUGUAAAGAGUGUAAGUAAAGGCAGUGCUGCUGAUGUCAGUGGCAAAAUUAAAGUCAAUGACAGAAUAGUGGAAGUUGAUGGGCAAAGCUUACAAGGAUAUUCAAACAUUCAAGCUGUGGAGGUGUUAAGGAAUUGUGGAAAUGUAGUGAAACUAUGUUUGGAACGGUACUUACAUGGUCCCAAAUAUGAGCAACUCCAACAGGCCAUUGCUGCAAGUGAAACCAAGCCACCAUCACCUCUAAACUCGUCACGAUAUCCGAAAGAAGAUGGGAGCCUUCCUAUUGGAGGCGACGAGCCUCGCGACCUUUUUAACGACACAAUUAAAAAGGAAGACCCCCCUGUCUUUACUGAUGAACAACUCCAAGAGAAAUGGUCCCGUAUCAUGGGACCCGGUAUUGAGAUCGUCGUAGCGCGAUUGAAAAAGUUCGGCGAAAAGGGAGGACUAGGCAUCAGCCUGGAAGGGACCGUUGACGUAGAAGAUGGCCGCGAAGUGAGGCCCCACCAUUAUAUUCGCUCCAUUCUUCACGAGGGACCCGUCGGGAAAAAUGGAACCCUCAAAUCAGGGGACGAGCUCUUAGAAGUCAAUGGACACCAACUUCUUGGCAUGAACCACCAUGAAGUAGUCAGCAUCCUUAAAGAACUGCCUCUAGAUGUCUGCAUGGUUUGUGGGCGGAGCCCCACAAAUCUCUUCAGAGAAGAAGCUUAUCCAGAAAGAAACAUUCUCCUGACGCGUAGUUUAAAUAACUUAAUCCCCGCCUCAGACAGAUUAGUCAAAGCAAAAUCAGACGGCUCUCUCGCCAGCAGUAUCGCGAUGACCGGUUCUUCUGAAGCCUCUUUUUCCAAGAUGAAGUCUCGCUCUUUGGAGCCCCUCACGGGACUGGCUAUGUGGAGCUCGGAACCUCAAAUCAUCGAGCUGGUCAAAGGCGAACGAGGCUUGGGCUUCUCGAUUCUGGACUAUCAAGAUCCCAUCGACCCCAACGACACGGUUAUAGUUAUUAGAAGUUUGGUACCGGGUGGCGUAGCUCAGCUCGACGGUAGGUUGAUUCCUGGGGACAGGUUGCUGUUCGUUAACGACACGGUAUUAGAAAACGCUUCUCUAGAUCAGGCUGUUCAAGCCUUAAAGGGGGCACCUAAGGGCAUAGUUCGAAUAGGCGUGGCCAAACCUUUGCCUAUCCCUGAUACAAUGGCUCAUGGAUCACUAAUGGAUGUUGAUCCAGAUAGAUAUCUAAGUUCAGACUCUUUUAAUUAGUUGUAACUAUAGCUUAGCCACUUUUUCGAAUUUUUAAAGUUAAUUGUUAAGCAGCGAUAUUCUGCAGUUGAUUCUCUAACUUGGAUUCAAUUCAGUAAAUCAAAGGUAUUUAUCUUUUAUUUAUUUAAUAUUUUUUAUUAAUAUAAGAUAUUGGUCAUUUCGGGAAUACCUAUACACCUCGAAUAGGGUUUUAACUUGUACUAUUUUUGAUGAAAUCAUACAGCGUGUCUCAAGUUUCAAGUUAUGACAAAAAUCGAAAACAAAUAUCUUUAAUUUACUUAGUUUAUUACGAACUAGAGAAUUACCCUGUACAUAAAAUUAACUCGAAACGAUAAGUACCAAUUACACUCCGAAAAUCGUCAUUUAUAUACUAGGUUUAUUUUCAUAACCAAAAUAGGCCGAACAUAGUAAUAAUAAAAUACCAGUUAUUAUCUCUUAGAUAAGUAAUUCCUCAUUAUUUGUUAUGGGAUAUAUUUAUUUUCAACUCUAUCUUCUUUUUUGGAGUAGCAUAUUUCCUAAGAAUCAUUGCUAUAUAUAUACAAAAUACAAAAAUAGAAUAUAUAUAAAAUAAAAAAAAAUAGAAUACAAAAAUAAAACGAACUUAGUAAUAAGUAGCAGUAAUUUUUCAGUGAUCUUAAUUAUUAAUUUCUCUUAAUUAUUUUAUUAUUUCCAGUAUAUUGUUGUAAAUAAUAUGUAGGGAGCCUUGGUGCCACAUUAUAUAUAGACUAUUUAAUCUGUUGAUAUACAUAAUAAGGCGAAAUAGUAAGUAUCAGUUACUUUAUUUAAUAUAUCUUCUUUCCAUAAUAAGUAAUGGUCUCCAGUAAAUAUAAACAUUAAAAUACUGUACAUAUAGUAAUAAUAAGUAUUCUUUACUUGAUAGUAAUAUUUUUAUGUAAGCCACUGCUUAGUUUCAAUACCUGUCUAGGAUAUUUUUUUAUUACUACUUGUUAUUGGAACAACGUACAGAUUUAGUGAGAGCUUUGAUAUUAAUAUAUAAAAAUAACGCGAACAUAGUAAUAAGUAAUACCAGUUCUUUCAGUAAUCUAACACUCCAAUUGUUCAGACGCUAAAUAUUUGGCUCGCUGUAUAUAUAAUAGUGGUUUUAAUGAAUAUAAAUUAGUAUAUUAUACUCUCGAAUACCGUAUAUUUAUGUACAUACGUUCACUACAGAUUGAAGAUACACACUCUGGAACAAACUCAGUAUUUUGAAAGGGGAUAUUAAGCAUUUCGAUCCAUAACUACGCUCUUUAUCGUACUUUUAUAUAGAUCUACAUAUAAUACUAAAUAUUAUGUACUUAAAAUUGAGUAGUUGACUAAACUGCCUGUAUUUACACCAAUUUUUAAUAAUUGUUAAUUCAAGAACGAAUCAAAAUAUAUUUAAACGACUCCUUUAGGAUAAAGUUUGUAUUAUUAGGAAUAGGUCUCUUAAUAUAUUAGUGUAAGAAAUCAAAAAAAAAAUCAAAAAUCAAGAAUAAAUUACCGUACAUAUAAAUAUAUAAAAGUAAUAUUGAACUAUAAAGAGGGGGUAAUUAAAAUUCUAUAAUCAGGUAAUAGAUAUAAUAAAUAUUUUUUAUGUUAUGGUUUAUAAAUACACAGGAUCAUGUGCCAUAAUUAUCAUGCUUAAACUGAAUAUUUUCAAGCUACACCCUGUGUAUAUUUAGGAAUUCAUAUUUUGGAUAUUUUACAGCCUAUUCGAUUUUUGUACUAUAUAGAUUUUUUUUUCAAUUGCAUUUUAUAUAAAUAGAUGUAAAUAACGACAUUUUUUUGGAAGAUUUUUUAUGUGGUAUGUUAGCAUGUAAGAGCACAAUAACACACAUAUCUGAUAUGAACACCCGAAAAAUAAAUAAUACUGGACCGUACAAUAUCAUUUUUGGUUUAUAGGGCUCAAACGCACUGACGACCAGCUCGCAGCGACCAGCAUUUGAUUUAAUGGUAUUACUGGUUGGUAUCAAAAUCAAGACCAAGCUGCGACCAGUAAUAUCAAUAAAUCAAAUGCUGGUCGCUGCGACCUGGUCGUCAGUGCGCUUGAGCGUUUAAGAAGCUAAGAAAAUUAAAAGAAAAUAAAGUCAACUACUUAAUUCGUUUUGCAUUUAUCUCAUAUGUGAUACAGUGAUAAUAGGAAUAUAAACAUUGUAAUAAGAUUAUUAAAGAAAAUUCUUUUAGCAAUAACGAGAGUUUAUAUAGAUUUACCCAAUAAAAAUAUUUCAAAACCA